GCCACUGCCCUGUCGCCUAGGCUUUACAUCCCGUACUGAGGUUGCUGGGGUUGUUCUUUCGAGGGGACGUGAGCGGUACCCCCUCAGAGGCCUGGGGUCUGGCGGCCUCUGUCACUCCAGUGCCGUCCCGGCGCUGAGCAGCGCGUUGGUGCCACCGUCAUGGAUCUAAAUUUAAACCGAGCGGAUUAUUUACAGGUGGGAGUGACCUCUCCGAAGACUAUGAAGCUACUUCCUGCCUCAAGACAUAGAGCUACACAAAAGGUGGUUAUUGGAGAUCACGAUGGGGUAGUUAUGUGCUUUGGCAUGAAAAAAGGAGAAGCAGUGGCAGUGUUCAAGACUUUACCAGGGCAGAAAAUUUCAAGAUUGGAGCUAGGAGGGGUUCUUAACACACCCCAGGAGAAAAUUUUUAUUGCUGCAGGAUCUGAGAUUAGAGGCUUCACAAAAAGAGGAAAACAGUUCCUCUCUUUUGAAACCAACCUCACCGAAAGCAUUAAAGCCAUGCAUAUAUCUGGCUCAGACCUCUUUCUCAGUGCAAGUUACAUCUAUAACCAUUACUGUGAUUGCAAAGACCAACAUUAUUACCUUUCUGGGGACAAAAUCAAUGACGUCAUCUGCCUUCCAGUGGAAAGAUUACCUCGUAUUACACCAGUAUUGGCCUGCCAGGACAGAGUGCUCAGAGUUUUACAGGGAUCUGAUGUGAUGUAUGAAACUGAAGUGCCUGGCCCACCUACUGUUUUAGCACUAUACAACGGAAAUGGCGGUGAUUCCGGGGAAGACCUUUUGUAUGGAACGUCAGAUGGUAAACUUGGGCUUAUUCAGAUCACUACCUCCAAACCAAUACACAAGUGGGAAACUCGAAAUGAGAAAAGGCGGGGAGGGAUUUUGUGUGUUGACAGCUUUGACAUUGUGGGUGAUGGGGUUAAGGAUUUACUUGUUGGGAGAGAUGAUGGAAUGGUGGAAGUGUACAGUUUUGAUAAUGCAAAUGAGCCUGUCCUACGAUUUGAUCAGAUGUUGUCUGAAAGCAUCACAUCUAUCCAGGGUGGUUGUAUAGGGAAAGACGGCUAUGAUGAAAUUGUGGUAUCCACAUAUUCAGGCUGGGUUACAGGUCUGACAACAGAGCCUAUACAUAAGGAAAGUGGACCAGGAGAAGAACUGAAAAUUAAUCAGGAGAUGCAGAAUAAAAUUUCUUCUUUAAGGAGUGAGCUGGAACAUCUGCAGUAUAAGGUACUACAGGAAAGAGAGAAAUAUCAACAGUCUUCUCAAUCAAGCAAAGCAAAAUCAGCAGUACCUUCAUUUAGCGUAAAUGAUAAGUUUACAUUAAGUAAAGAUGAUGCCAGCUACAGUCUCAUCUUAGAGGUGCAGACGGCAAUAGAUAACGUCUUAAUACAGAGCGAUGUUCCAAUAGACUUACUUGAUGUGGAUAAAAAUUCGGCUGUUGUCAGCUUUAGCAGCUGUGAUUCUGAGUCAAAUGACAACUUUCUUCUCGCUACUUAUCGGUGCCAGGCAAAUACCACAAGGCUGGAACUCAAGAUUCGUUCAAUUGAAGGCCAGUAUGGCACACUUCAAGCGUAUGUGACUCCGAGGAUUCAACCCAAAACCUGUCAGGCUCUCCAGUACCUUAUCAAACCCCUAUCACUCCAUCAAAGAACUCACUUUAUUGAUCAUGACAGACCCAUGAAUACACUGACUUUAACGGGCCAGUUCAGUUUUGCUGAAGUUCACUCCUGGGUGGUUUUUUGCCUGCCUGAAGUUCCUGAAAAACCUCCUGCAGGAGAAUGUGUGACAUUUUACUUUCAGAACACCUUCCUGGAUACACAACUUGAAAGUACCUACAGAAAAGGAGAAGGAGUUUUUAAAUCUGACAACAUUUCUACUAUAUCCAUCCUAAAAGAUGUGCUCUCUAAAGAAGCUACCAAAAGGAAAAUUAACCUCAACAUAUCAUACGAGAUAAAUGAAGUAUCAGUCAAACACACUUUAAAGCUAAUCCACCCAAAGCUGGAAUACCAGUUGCUUUUGGCUAAGAAAGUGCAAUUAAUUGAUGCUUUAAAAGAAUUGCAGGUUCAUGAGGGAAAUACAAACUUUCUGAUACCAGAAUAUCGCUGUAUUCUAGAAGAGGCAGAUCACCUACAAGAAGAAUACAAAAAGCAACCUGCACAUCUUGAAAGACUGUACGGAAUGAUCACUGAUCUUUUCAUAGAUAAGUUCAAGUUCAAAGGUACCAAUGUAAAAACCAAAGUACCUCUUUUACUGGAGAUUCUGGACAGUUACGACCAAAAUGCAUUGAUUGCUUUCUUUGAUGCUGCAUGAAAUAUAAACAAGGUAAAGUUCCAAAGAAGUCUUUUUAAAUGAAAUGUUAAAACACAAUUAUGGCACAAGCUAACUGUACAUACUUUUAUUUCAAAUGCUUUUUAAUAUUGUCUAAAAAUAUUUAAGAUGUGACUUCUUUUAGUAAUGCUUCUGUUUUGAGAAAUGAGCUUUUUAAAAAUAAAGAGAAUUUUUAUUU